CACACACACACAUUACCUAUUCUCCGUCCAGCGCGCUAUAACUCCCUGCCCUCAUUGCUUCGACGCGCGCGCGCUUGUCCCCUCCGUCCACUCAAACACACACACAUCCCGCGCCCAACACAUCCAGCUCGCGCGCUGACGUCCCACCAUGGCACCAGGAGGGCCGCGCGCGCGCCCCUCCCAACCUCAACCGGGAUAUCCGGCUCGCCCGCCCAACUCUGGUACUCGCAACGAGGUGUUUGAGAACAUCUUUGGCCGCCCCUCUGGCGCUCACCACCUCGGUGGCCCCCCCGGCCACCCGGGCAUGGGAAGGCCGUCAGGUUAUCCCAGCGGUUACAACGCCCCAAUGAUGAACCCAGCGCAACCUGGCUUUCCUCCUGCAAAUCCCAAUCCCGCUGUUCCAAGCUUCCCACCAGGCCAGUUUGCGCAGGGCAUGGCCGCACGCCCGCCAUAUCCUCAGCAGCAGGGACAACAUCGGCCUCCGCACCGACAAGUUUCACACCGCUCCAUGCACGACCGAUACUCGCAACAAGGUCCACCUCAGCCAUCGCCGUACGAUGGCGUCGCCAUGUAUGACUCGCCGCAGAACGGGUUCGGCCCCACGUUGGUCCCGUCGCGUGCCGCCCCAAGCGCUUACCAGGGGGAGCCUCCAGUUCAACUUCAACAGGCAAGUGUACCCACUAGACGCCACUCGCUCGUUCAAAACCAGCGCCCACCAGUCCCCCCACCAGGUGGAGGCUUUGACCAGCAGCCAAGGCCCAACGGCGGCGCUCAGUACAAUGGUUAUGGCAGGCCUGAGAGGCCCGAGCGAUUGCCUCACAUCUCGUCGUCCCGCGAAGAGGUGGGAUUCACCCCGAUGCCCGUCCCACAAGUCCCCCAACCGCGCAGCGUGUCUGCUACAUCAGGUUCCAGUUCCGCAACGGUCACUAAUGUACCUCCGCGCUCUCUCUCGCUACACCACCAGACCGGCCCGGGCAGGAUAAGCGUAAAGAUACCUUCGCCGACGCUCGGCGGAUCCACACUCUUACCUUUCCCGGAGGCCCCUGGGUCUGACUUGCGCGCCCCAUCGCCGCCACCAGACUACCAGCGCGCAAUGAGCGCUGUCGACCUCAACAGCGACCGUGGGACGCCCUAUGGCGACAUGUCCGGCUUGCCGCGCAAUUCUGGUGGGCCGCGGGAAUCAUCGGGCACCGAUGACUAUUUUAGUAGUGGAAAUGACUACCCCCCACGUCCAUCGGGAUCUAGACACAUGUCGUCCUCGAGCACAGCCUCAGCUCCGCGCUCGAUGCACAUGCGCCAGCCAUCUGACUCGUCGAUCUCCAGCUCGGUAUACACUCAGAGAGUGGCUCCCUUUUCACAGAUCAACAAUUUUGAUGUCCCAGAUUCGCCGUUGCAGUCGCCGUCAACACCAACGGGAUCAGACAACGGCUACGGCAGUUUCCACAGACUGUCCGUUCGCAAGUCGAUGGAGUCUACCCACUCUCUUCCCCUGCCCGGCUCUGCCACCGACUCGCCUUUGCCCCCUGGAGCCGCCUCAUCUGUUUAUGAUCAUCGCGCCCUCUCGUUCUCUGGGAGCGGCGUGAAUCGACGCGACAUUGUCAGCGCCGUGCGCUCGUCCACGUCAACAGUCGACUCUAAUUCCCGGACAAGGUCAGGCAUGUACGGCAGCGAGAUAUCACCCAUCACGUCGCGCUCGCUGGUACGGCACCAGUCUGUGCCGCGGAAGGCAGUGCUCACCGGCAAUGUCACGCCGGCAUUGCUGUCCAACGUCGCCGAGGCGUUCCGUCAACUUAUCCACCCACACGAGAUCAUCAAGGAUGGCAUCGCUUACAAGGACGCCUUCGACGGUCGCCUCGCAGUCUCCGUCAUCGCGCAGAUCAUCAAGACGCCAGACCGCAAUGUAGCUCUUCUGCUCGGCCGAGCUCUCGACGCGCAAAAGUUCUUCCACGACGUCACCUAUGCCCACCGUCUGCGCGACACAGACAAGGAGGUGUACCAGUUCAAGGAGCGCUUAGUCGCGCCAUUCAUGAACGACUCUGCCGUCAUGGACAGCCCCUCGUCGGACCACUUGGGGCUGGCCACUCGCCCACCUUCGCAAGGUAGUGGCACGAUACGAAAUCCGUACCGCCAGAACAUACUCGACUCGCCCGUGCAGGCGUCUGACUCGCAGAACUCGCUGUUCGGCAGCGGCUCCACACCCAAGCCUGGUCUGGCUGUUUCCGGGGCGGCCAUUGGAGACGACAGCGACGACGACGAUCUGCCGAACGGUGUCUUCACACUCCUCACCGAUUGUUACUCGCCAACAUGUUCGCGCGAGCAGCUGUGUUACUCGAUCAACUGUCCCCGCCGGCUGGAGCAGAUGAAGCGCCUCAACGUCAAGUCGGCCCACCCCGGUCUGCAGCGCAAGAUCCAGGAGGAGACUGUGCUCGACGACGUAAAGGAGACGGGAACCCUGUGGAUCCACUCGGUGUCGCAGGAGAUUCUUGACAGUGUCGACGACCGUGAGAAGAAGCGCCAAGAGGCUAUCAACGAAGUCAUUUACACCGAGCGUGACUUUGUGCGUGGUCUCGAGUACAUGCGCGACUGCUGGGUCAAGCCAUUGAGGACAGAGGACGUUCUUCCGCUGUCGGAGCGAGAAGAGUUCAUCAGACAAGUUUUCUGGAAUUUCCUCGACGUGCUCAAGGUCAACCACGUACUUGCCGAGCGCCUGACCAAACGACAAAAGCAGCAGCCCGUGGUGCAGUCGAUCGGCGACAUCUUCCUCGAGUGCGUGCCGCGGUUCGAGCCAUUUGUUGUGUACGGCGCACACCAGCUAUUUGGCAAGUACGAGUUUGAGAAGCAGAAGACUUCGAACCCGGCUUUCCAGAAGUUUGUGGACGAGACGGAACGCAAACCCGAGUCACACAAGCUCGAACUGAACGGUUACCUCACCAAGCCGACAACACGUCUUGGACGUUAUCCGCUCCUGCUCGAGGCGGUCCUCAAAUACACGCCUGAUGACCACCCCGACAAGACGGACUUACCCGAGGUUGUCAAAAUGAUCCGCUCGUUCCUGGCCAAGGUUAACGAGGAGAGUGGCAAGUCGGAGAACAUUUUCGAGUUGGCACAGCUUGAGUCCCAGCUCGUGUUCCGGCCCCAGGAGAACAUUGACCUGCGUCUGCGCGACAAGAACCGAGAAUUGAUCCACAAGGGUCCGAUGAAGCGCCGCGGCGGCACGCAGGGCGAGAACGCCGAUUUGCUAGCGUUCCUGUUUGACCAUGCGUUCUUGCUCGUCAAGUCCAAGUGGAUCAACAAGACGUCAGAGCAAUACAAAGUGUACCGGCGACCGAUUCCGCUCGAGUUGCUGGUGCUCCAGACGCCCGAGGACAAUUACAACUCUACGAAGCUUUCGACGACCGGUCGCGCGAAGCUCAUCGCGCGGGCUGGCAGCAAAGCGACCCCGUCGCAGCCAGCACAUGUGCCACCUAAACCAGAAAGCAAGCAUGGCUUCUCGGUCACGAUCACUCACCUCGGCCGCAAGGGUUACCAGCUGCAGCUAUGGGUGGACACGUACGUGAGCCGCAAGAAGUGGGUCGAGAGCAUCGAGAAGCAGCAGCAGGCCAUCCGCGAUCGCUCCACUAUUUUCCACAGCGAGACUAUCACCGAGGGCUUCUUCCAGGGAUUGCGUCGAAUCAACUGCCUCAGCCCGUACGACAACGGAAACCGCAUGAUUUACGGUACCGACGAGGGUGUUUACUUCUCCAAUCUCCGCGACCCCAACUUGCGCGAGCCCGUCAAGGUCAUCAACAUGACAGACGUGACGCAGGUCGACGUCAUUGAGGAGCUGCAGCUGCUGAUCGUCCUGCACGAGCGCUCAGUGACGACGUUCCCCCUCGACUGUUUGGAUCCUAAUGACCCGAAUGAGGCGUUGAGGCGGGGCAAGCGUAUCUCAAGUCACACCAGCUUCUUCAAGUCGGGCAUCUGCCUCGGGCGCACCUUGGUCGCCGUUGUCAAGAGCAGCCCGCUCAGCAGUACGAUCAAGGUACUCGAGCCAGUGGAUCGGGAUCAGUCGAUGCGUGGCAAGAAGCCGCACCGCGGCUUUAUGGGCCGCCUGAACAACUCUCAGGACACCCUCAAGGUGUUCAAGGAGUUCUACAUCCCGCUUGAAAGCUUUUCCGUCUACUUCCUCAAGACGAAGCUGUGCGUCGGGUGUCAGAAGGGCUUCGAGAUCGUCGACCUCGAGACACUGGACAUGCAGUCGCUGCUCGACCCAUCCGAUCCUUCGCUUGACUUUGUCCUCAAGCGCGACGGCGUGCGACCCAUGGCCAUCUACCGCAUCGAGGGUGACUUUUUGCUGUGCUACGACGAGUUUGCCUUCUAUGUCAACAAGAAUGGUUGGCGUGCGCGUCCCAAGUGGGCGAUUAUCUGGGAGGGUUCUCCAACGUCGUUUGCUCUGCAGUACCCCUACGUCAUCGCAUUCGAGCCAACGUUCAUCGAAGUGCGGUCCGUCGAGUCUGGCCACCUCGUCCAGAUCAUCCCAGGCUCCAACAUCUCCUGCCUGUUCGCCGACAUGCCGCCCUCGACCGUCAACGCACCCAUGCCCAUGCUCCAGAAUCGGCAACCCAUGUACCCGCACCCUCAGCAGGGCAUGUAUCGUCCUCCGAUGGGCGGCAGCUAUGGGCAGCCCCAGCCGCAGCCCCAAGGGCCGUAUGCGUACCCGCAGAACUUCCAGCAGCCACUGCGCCCGCACAUGCCCCAGCAAUAUGGCAUGCCGCCACAGCCUAUGGCGCCAUACCGCAACUUCCUGUACCGCCCGCAGGUCAUCUUCGGGAGCGAGGACGGCCACGUCCAGUUCCUCAAGCUUCCGCCGCCACGGGCGGGCCGAAGAUCGUCGGAUUCGCGCAGCGUGCAUUCUAUGCGAUGAGCGCAGCGAGACACACGCCACCUGUGGUAGUGCUGCCGCCAUGGUAGAGUCAAACGGGCUCCCACCACACCGCCACCAGUCAGGAGGCAUUCAUGCGAGACGGGGACGAAUACAAGUCCGGGAAGUAGACACCACAUAAUGACCGUGACGGCCAGCAGCGCACGACGCUGGCGGCGGAUAGAAGCCCACGUUCGUUCAUGUCCGUGAUGUUGGGUUUGAUUGUAGCAUCAGUCAUGGAAUACUACGAGCACCGGGGGUGAGCA